AUGUUUUUUCUUUGUAUUUUGUUCAAAGCUUUUAUGUGUUAAAGGAAAAACAUAUUGUGUGCCUUCAUCAAAGCAACUGACGGAGAGGGAAUCAAGGAAUCAGUGAUUACCAUCAAUCAACACAAUUACGGAUCAAUCAGCAUUUAGUAUCAUUAAUGUAAUCGAUAUUUCCGUUGUAAUUCUAUCCCUAUAUAAAGGGACUAUGAAAUGAAAUGAGUAGACCAAUUCCAAUUGUCAUUUCACUUUAACACGUUAUCAGCACGCUCAGAGCAAAUAGCCAAAAGAAAAAAAAUCCUAAUUUUCUAGUUUCUUUCCGUCGAAAAAAAAACAACAACCAAAACCCUAGAAGAAAAAAUAUAUUUUCUUCUUUUUCCUCUGCCGCCCUAAACAAAAAAAAAAAAAUCUCUCUCCCCCGGCCGCGCAGCCCAGCGCCCCCCGCUACUGCAUAGCCCGCCUGCAGCCAAGCUUUCCCUUUGGACACCCAAGCUUUCCUUUUGGACACCCACCUAGAAGUAACCUCCAAAGAAGACCCGACCCGGCUACGGUUCUGAGCCCAGCUCCGACUGCGACCAAAUUCCGGCACAAUCCAAUGCUCCUCCAGCCCGAUUCUGAUCUGCGCCGUCUUCCCAGUCGCUCACCUGCAGCCUGCUCCCCUAUACAAAGCACCGCCCUCUCCUCCCAGCAGCCCACCGAUCCCAGCACGGACGCAUCCAGCCCACAGCGCCUUCGAUCUGCCCAGCGCAGCCCCUGCCACCACGUUGCUGCUCACCUCCACCUCCGCCUACAGCCCAGACCGGCCUCCACAUCCAGAUCGGCGCACGAACAGCAGCGCUCGCCCAACCUCGCUGCAGACCGGCCUUCACAUCCACGCCCGGACACCGGCGCUCGCCCACGACCUGAGUCAGCCACCUGCAAACCUGAUCGAUCGGUACCCACCCACCUGCAAACAAAGAACCUGUAGGAAGAAGAAGACGCGAAGAGAGAGAAAGAAGGAAGAAAAAGAAAAAAAAAAGAAGGUGACUAGGCUCACAGUAUAGAGCCGGCCCAAAGAAUAAAAUUAAAAAAAAAAAACAGAAAAAAAAGAAGGCCAAAGAAAAGGCCCUCGGCCCAGAGACAAAAAAAGGGGAAUCAGGCCCUGUGGCCAAGACAAAAAAAAACCCUGCAUGCCCAGAAAAGAAAAAUUGUGUGGCCUAGAAACGAAAAAAAAAACAAGAAACAGGCCCUACGGCCCACAGAAAAAAGAAAACUUUAGCAGGCCAAGCAAAAGAAAAACAAACAACAAGGCCCGUGGUCCAUUGCUGAAAAAAGAGGAAGUGGCCCAAGCCCAAAAACAUCGCUACGCACGCCUGCAUCAACACGCGCGUGCGCUAGGAUCGUUUUAUUUACUCAAAAUCAAAUGGCUGAUCCAACUUGACCUGAGUUUGACAUCUUGGACUCAGAAGGACUUGAGUACCAUCGUUGGGUUUCCGAUAUGGAAACUGCCUUUGUGGCAAAAGACUGCACUGCCACCAUUACUGAUCCCAAAGAUGAUGAACUAUCUAACAAGGUGAAAGCAAAUGCCUUAAUGUUUCUUAGGCGACAUAUUGAUCCUAGCCUACGCUGGGAGUACCUUCAGUUGAAGACACCCAAAGAAUUGUGGGAUGCCCUUAAGGGACGUUUUGGGAACAUUCAUGACACUUUGCUCCCAGAACUGGCUGUUCAGUGGAAUGGAAUCCGCUUGCUUGACUAUAAAAGGGUCAAUGACUUCAACAAGGACAUGUUGCGCCUACAGGCACGUCUCAAUUUCUGUGGAAGGGAAAUCACAGAAGAUGAUAUGAUCUACAAGACUCUUUCCACCUUUCCUACUUCAGCGCUUAUACUAGCGGACCAGUAUAGGCUGGAGUAUGACAACAAAAGAAUCACAACCUUCAAAAAGCUGAUCAGCCUACUGCAAGUGGCUGAGAGGCAAAAUGAGGAUCUCUUGCACAACAAUGCUAGGCCCACUGGGACAAAGAAAAUUCCCGAGGCUAAUUAUGGAAAAAUAAAAGGUGGAAAGAACUCCAAUGCAAAGAGGUUUGAACGUGCUGAUCCCUACCCACGUGGCAACAAUGCACCACGUGGAAAGGGACGUGGAGGUGAUGGAAACAAGGUGCAAAAGGCACCUAAGAACCCUUCAGUCAAACAGGAUAGAGUUGGCAAUGAACCAUGCUAUAGGUGUGGAAUCAUUGGGCAUUGGUACAAGAACUGCCAAGCAAGCAACAUAGUUGCAGCCACUUACAAGAGAUAUAGGGAGUCUAAAGAACAAGAAACUCACUAUAUGGAAGAAGGAGGCCAUGACCCAGAUGUCAACCUCACAAUUGCAGACCUCAAUGGCAACAAGGAACUUGCUCAGUCAAUGGAUGCACUAGAUUUUGAUUGACCUGCUUUAUCUAUUUAUUUUCCAAAGACAGAUAUGAAGGCAUAAUGCCUCAUUUUUAAUUAGACUAUUACUUGGUCUUAAAGUUUAUUUCAAUAAUGGUUUGAUGAAUUAGAUUUAUGAACAAAG